UGGUCGCAGACGUCCGGCUCUGGAACGUGUCGCACGCCCCUCCUCCCCGAGAGAAAAACCUGGCGGUCCAAGGAGAUUGGCACGCUAUGUACAACAGCCGUUCAAAGCUCUACACUUAUCGGUUCUCCACCCGUGCUGUGGCUGACCCGCUGCACCGGAAUUACUGUUGCGCUGUCCCCCGUGGCGAGGCGCUAGACCUACACAAAUUGGCUGAGUUGACCAGCAUUUUCGAGGGAAAGCAUGAUUAUCAGAAUUUCGCUAAUCGCUUGCAACACAAGCGGCGAAUGAGCAAAAAGGGGGAAGAAUUUUCAACCGUAAGACACGUGCGGUCCGUGGAGCUAGUUUCGGAGGCGCCAGAGGAAUACGCGAUCCACGUGCUUUUGGAUGGAGCACUGCAACGUAUGGUCAGGAAUAUGGUGGGAGGACUUUGGGCCGUGGCACGGGGAGACAUGAGUGAAGCGGAGCUGCGAAGGGCAUUGGACGGGCCUUUGUAUGCUAAGGGAAGGAGCCCGAUCAGAGCAGCACCGGCGCACGGAUUGACGUUGGAAUGGGUUUACUACGACGAUUUCUGAGGUGAUCACGGCGAUAAAAGAGAUUCACUCAAGGGUUUAUGCGAUAAAAUUGGACAUUUAUGAGGGCAUGGAUCGCUGGUGGGAUGGGUGCUCCUUGAGGGGCGCAGAAGGGUGACGUCGGGAGGCGGACGAUGGAAUGUUCGAAAGGAUCUACGGCUUAUUCUGGUAGACGGACCUUGCCGGACUAAACCUAGAAUACAACGGUGGCAUGCCAAACUAUGGAGUGGGAAGGCAUGUCCUCGCUGCAUGGGCUACCUGCCCGACCAAUUCUCGACAGACGCCUGUCGUCGCCGUCCAAGGACACGCCUUGCAUGCCAUUCGUCUCACCACCACAACACGUACACCGGCCUCAAGGGCGAUAGCCCCCUCAAUAAUAUAGAACGAUCAUAUCUUCCUGUAAGGCGCGGGACUCAGAUACCCUCACGAGAUCACUGCCAGCGCAUUCCCCUGCCGCAAGCUCUCGCAUAGUAGUUUCCCCGUGCUCGGAUCUACAAGGGCAUCGCUUCUAUAGCGUUACAAACGUUGAAUGUGUGACAUGCCCUAAACACUUGGUCUGAAAGAACUGCCCAUGGAUCCUUAUAGAUAAAUUAAUUGACACUUGGUCUGAAAGAACUGCCC